GCCAUUGAUAGCAUUACCUCAUAAGCAGCUCUCUCUUUUGGUGCAUGAGUAGACUUUGAUCAUUUUACUACUUUUGAAGUUUUUCCGAGAGAAAUGAACUCAGUGGCCAUGGAUCCUUCGAGUAAUGACAUUGAACCUAAAAGAAUUGGGUCAUUUGCUAUGACAAGCAGUGCAGGCUCUUCAUUUAGAAGGCACUCUUUGAGUAUAUCGCGAGCUCAUUCCUUUCAAUUAAACAAUGAGAUUGAAAGUGAGGUAGUUUCUCUGGCAGGAGAUGCUGGUGAUUUGGCUCUUCAUAGCAGUAGGCAUGGUCAGAGUAGCAGAAUAAGCUUUUCCAUUGAUAAUGCUUUGGAGAGUGGUGCAGGGUUUCCAAUUCCAGAAGAUAACAUGUUGCAAUCAUAUGGAUUUUGGUGCAGUGAUCCUGCAACACAAAAUGCAAUCUCUCCUGUGUCACCAAUGCCAGAGGAAAUCAUAUCUCCUUUUUCGACAACUGCACUGAAUUGCUCUAAGGACAAAGAUCAAGAUGAAGAUGAAGCUUUGCCUUUGUUUUUGGAGUAUAUAUAUUGUCUUCUGCAUUUAUCUGUUUUUGGAAUUCUUGGGGUUUUAUCCAGAUAUUUGUUGCAGAGACUGUUUGGGCCUAGUACUGCUGGUCUAACCAGCCAUCAAAGCAUUCUAUACCUGGACCUUCCUUCUAAUGUGGUUGGUUCCUUCCUGAUGGGUUGGUGGGGGGUUGUUUUCAAAGAAGAGAUAUCUAGAGUAUCUAAUCAUUUGGCAAUUGUAUUGACAACUGGAUAUUUGGGAAGCCUUACGACUUUCAGUGGUUGGAAUCAGGAUAUGCUUGAUCUCAGUGUACAUGGACACUGGCUAUUUUCUCUAUUCGGCUUUCUAUUUGGCCUGUUUCUUGCAGAUCAUUUCAUCAUUUUUGGGAUUGAGACGGCUAAGGGUUUCCGCUGGUUACUCAAAAGGAUAAACAGAACUAAAGAAAGAGAAAUGUCUAGCACUAAGAUGAAGUGGAGGGUGAACAGGUACAGUCGACAUUGGGCAGUAAUGGUAGUGUUGCUGCUGUUUCUCGGUGCUUUAUGGAGUCUCAGUGGAGCAUUGCUAAAGGAGGAGUUUAACAGUACUAGCGCAGGACCUCAGUUGUGGCUGGCUUGCUUGGUUGGACCACCGGGUGUGUGGAUCAGGUGGUUCUUAGCUCGACUUAAUGGCCGUGGAUUAGGAAAGGCAGGAAUCUUAAGGUGGGUUCCAUUUGGGACACUAGCCGCUAAUGUUUCUGCAGCUUGUGUCACGGCAGGGUUGGCUACCUUGAGAAAAGCGGUAAAUACCAGGACUUGCGAUACAGUUAUAGAUGGUAUUCAGUUGGGAUUCACGGGUUGUUUGAGUACUGUUUCUGCUUUUAUUGUCGAAUUCAAUGCAAUGAGAGGAAGUCAACGGCCUUGGAGAGCAUAUGCUUAUGCCCUAUCUACAAUAACUCUCUCAUUUGGUUUUGGGGUUCUUUUCUACGAUUUACCCGUUUGGGUUGGGCUUAAGGGUGAGUGCCUGAAAAUAUAUACCAUUGAAGAAAAUGACAAGGCAGGAUGGGUUGAUCUGACUCUUGAUGCCACUCCUCCUUCAUUUACUUGGUACAAGACAUUGUUUGACGCUCCUGAUGGAGCAGACCCAGUUGCUCUCGAUUUGGGAAGCAUGGGAAAGGGCCAGGCUUGGGUCAAUGGCCACCAUAUUGGGAGAUACUGGAAUCGUGUUGCCCCAAAGGAUGGGUGCAUAAAGUGUGAUUAUCGUGGACGCUACAAUUCAGAAAAGUGUACAACAAACUGCGGGAAGCCUACCCAAACCUUGUACCACGUACCAAGGUCAUGGUUGCAGCCAUCAAAUAAUUUACUCGUGCUAUUUGAGGAGACAGGUGGUAAUCCAUUUGAUAUUUCAAUAAAGUUACGAGUGUCCCGGGUUAUCUGUGCUUCGGUGUCUGAGUCCCAUAAUCCACCUCUUCAAAGAUGGUCCUAUCAAAAUCUCUUUGAUGGAACAAUCUCAAUAAAUGAUACAACACCUGAAAUUCACUUGCAGUGUGCAGAUGGACAUAUAAUCUCCUCUAUUGAAUUUGCUAGUUAUGGAACUCCUCAAGGCAGCUGCCAGAAGUUUUAUAGAGGGUAUUGCCACUCUCCCAAAUCACUGUCUGUGGUAUCCAAGGCUUGUCAAGGAAGAAAUAGUUGUUUUAUUGGUAUUUCAAAUUCAGUAUUUGGAGGUGACCCGUGCCGAGGCAUUGUUAAGACAUUGGCUGUUGAGGCAAGAUGCGUCUCAUCAUCUAUUCCUGGAGGAGCCUCCCAGUUUUGAUAUGCUUUGAACCGGACGCGUGUCUCUAUGUAAGUGACAUACCUUUACCUUUAUUCUGAUCCAAGCAGCUCUCUGAGAAUUCCACCUAAAUCUAGCCUAUUACCAAGUACAACUUCCUGAAGCUUCGUACAUAUAUGGAAAUAAUAAGAUGGGUCGAGGUAUUAAACAAGGGAAUGCAACAAAUUGGCCAUUGAUUUUGCGGGAGGAAGGUGCCAUAUUCAAGGCUCUCUUCCAUCAAUGGUUAUAAACUCAUAAUUAUACAGUCUGUAUUGACUUGAAUUGUACGAUAUAUUUUAUUAAAUAUAUAUUUUUUUUUUUU